ACUUAUAGAAGUGUUUGACAUGACUUAAUCUUUUAAAGGAGAAAAGAAUUUUCAAAAGUCGGGUCAAAUAUCGACAAUGUAUGGUAACCAACAACUCUUUCUUUGGAUUAAUACUAAUCAAAAUGUAUAGAUUGAUUAUCUUAUAUCAUAAGAAUUGUGAGUUUCUGAUGCAUAUACACAUCAUGUCACUGGGAACAAUGAGUCUAUAGUUUGAAGGAAUUUAAUCUAAAUGAAAAUAUAUUAUAAUGUUAUGGUUUUUUUUAUACAUUUGGAAUAGAUUAUGUAUAUUCUAAUCUUUUUAUAUUAGUAGAUCCUAAUCCAAGGAAACGGAUUUGGCCAUUUGGCUAAAUGGAAUGUCGUGGAAAAAAACACUUGGAGCAAGAAACUACAUCCCAGAAAAAAGUAAUAAAAAAACGCGUCCAAAAAAAUAGGGUAGAGGAUUUUAUUGGCGGAAAAAUCGACCACCACCGCUACGACAACCCAUUAAAAAUAAUAAAAAAUUUAAAAGUGCCGAAAAAUACGGGUUGAUCUCCAAAGCGUACGUGGCAUAGGCGCUAAUCCUUAAAUAUAUUUUCAGAAUUAAAAAUAAAAAAAUAAUUGUGCGAACUUUUCCUUCUCCUUUUGAGAAAAAGAAAAUUCUAUUCCGGCUUAGUAAACCCUAUAUAAAACAUACAAAGCCGGUUCUUCACAAACUGCAACAAUUAAUUCAAUCAAAUCGCUCAAACCCUAAACAUCCAGUCUCUCUACGUACCCGCUGCCGCCUCCAAUUUUAGCGUUAUUGGAAACAAUGACGAUGGUGGAGAAAUCAGCCCCGAGCAAGCUCCGGUGGGGGGAGCUGGAAGAGGAGGACGGCGAGGACCUGGACUUCCUCCUGCCGCCGAAGCAGGUAAUUGGACCCGACGAGAGCGGGGUCAAACGGGUAAUUGAGUAUAAAUUCAACGAGGACGGCAACAAGGUCAAGAUCACGACCACGAGUCGCGUCAGGAAGCUCGCCAAUGCCCGCUUGAGCCGAAAGGCGGUGGAGCGGAGGAGCUGGGCCAAGUUCGGCGACGGCGUUCACGAAGACGUCGGCGCCCGCCUGACCAUGGUCUCUACGGAGGAGAUCCGCCUCGAACGUCCCAAGGCUCCAGGCAGCAAAGAGGAAGAGAGCAAGACGGCCGGCGACACCUUGUCCCAGCUGAACAAGAACACGUUCCUGAUGCUGUGCAGAACCUGCGGGAAGAAAGGGGACCACUGGACGUCACGCUGCCCGUACAAGGACCUCGCCGCACAGGCUGAAUCAUCGUUUCCUGACGGCAUGAAGCCUGCAGCAUCCGAGGCCGCCGGGAAAGAAGCGGCUGCCAAGGCCGGCGCCGCCGCCUACGUGCCGCCGAGCAUGAGGGCGAACGCGGACAGGAGCAGCGUGGUGGGGUCGGACAUGCGGCGGAGGAACGAGGAGAACUCGGUCCGGGUCACCAACCUGUCGGAGGACACGCGGGAGGAGGACCUGCGCGAGCUGUUCAACCCGUUCGGACCGGUGAGCCGGGUCUACGUGGCGAUGGACCAGAAGACAGGGGUGAGCAGGGGAUUUGGGUUUGUGAAUUUCGUGAGCAGAGAAGAUGGUGAGAAGGCGAUUAGGAAGCUCAAUGGGUAUGGGUAUGACAAUCUUAUUCUUCGUCUCGAGUGGGCCACGCCCAGGAAGACCAACUAGAGCUAGGUGGAGAGGGAUUAGACGUUUUUUUUUUACUCGGUUAUAGUCAUAAGCUCUUGCUGUGUCAGGAACAACGUUUUUUUUUUUUUUUUUACGGUCUAAUUCAUUAGUUCGCGUAAUUUGCAAGAGGAGGCUGAUGAUGUUUUGUUUCUGAUUUGGAACUUGUUUGCUUUGACUGGUGUUAUAUUGUGCUCAGUGAUCGGACUAUAGCUUGAUGUUUAGUUUACAUGGUAUCUUGCAAUAUGUGUCGGAAUAAGUAUUGUUUGGUUCG